GGUGGAGCUUGGAUUAAGCGACCAAAUGGGCCAUUCACAGCCGUUGGAUGCCGGCAUUGAAGUGCCGAAAGAAAAUAAUAACGCUGUUCUUCCAAGGCACGACUUCACGACGAUGCGAAUGCGCCUCUCUAAUGUAAUGGCCAUGGAUUUGUGGACGAGGAAGGGAAUUCUCAACACGUUUGCGUCGAUCACAGCGAUCUCGCUCGUCCUCUUCUUCACGUUUCCUCGCGCGAUGCUUACAACGGAUUUAAAGUCCCUCUCUUCGACCACUGACCCGAUCGUCGCGGCGAAUUGCUCCAAGGAAACACCCUCCAGAGAUUUUGAUCCCAGAGUGGAGCUCCUACUGAAGUACUGGCAGGAGCUCUAUCUUGGAAAUGGAACUUCUUCUUCUUCUUCUUCGAUCAAAAGCGCCCCCCGAGCUCCACACCUCCAGAACUGCUCGCAGCAAACUAGCGCUUGGGACACAGUCGAUGCCAGUGGAAAUCGACCCAAUUGGAUCUUUCCCACCGCGCGUGAAAGUCACAAUCCAAGAGCUCCAAAUGAAGACGUGUUCUUCCGAGGUGGUCCACAGCCUCCGUGGAUUGAAGGUGGCGAUGAUGAUAAUUUGCCCAUGACAAGGCAAGCCCAAACGGAUCUAUGGCUGCAUCAGCACCCCAAGGACUGCACUGAUAAGUCAACCAAGUUCUUGGUCAACGACUGGGUCAACUCGCCCAAGCUGGGGCUUGGAGGUCAAAUGGUGGCGAUGGCGGGUAUCUUUGCCAUUGCCGUCAACGAGAAGCGGGUACUCGUCACUGACACCCUCAACCGAGCAGACCAUGAUGAAUGCAAAGGGUCAGCGAGGGCUCACUGGUCGUGCUAUUUUGUUUUGGAAACCUCCGAGGAGUGUAGGGCACAGGCCAAGAGGCUUUUGUCUCAGAAAAAGGCAUGGAAGCAAAAGGUGGUGACCAAUGCCAACUCGUAUCCCAAAGCCUACAUGUGGUUUGGAAAGGUUCCAGAGAAGUGGGGAAGACCGUGGGAGACAAUGCAACCUUUGGAUGUGGUUGACGGUGAGAUUCUUGGGAGGCACAAGGCUACUGACCGGCAAUGGUGGAGGGCACAAGCAUUGAGGUAUCUUAUGAGAGCUCCAAGUGAGUACCUUUGCAAGCAGCUUAAUCUUGCUAGACAUCACAGAUUUGGCAGGCAAGCAGCAGAAUUAACUAUUAAAACUCUCCCUACAAACUGGCCUGGCUCAGAGCAGGAUCAGCAGGCAAGCCUUCGAGAGAAAAUUUGGACAACUCCGAAGCCAUGGCUACCAAGGCCAAUGUUGAGUGUUCACGUUAGACAAGGGGAUAAGGCUUCAGAGAUGAAAAUCUUUAGCUUUAAAUCAUACAUGGAGCUGGCUCAAAAAAUCCAAACUCAAUUUCCUCAACUUCAAGAAAUAUGGCUUUCAACAGAAAUGCAGAAUGUUAUUGACGAGUCAAAAAACUACACGAACUGGAGGUUUCACUACACAGACAUCCCAAGACAAAAUGGAACUACAAGUAUGGGGGCAUAUGAGAGAAGCUUGGGAGUGAAAGCGAGCAGCAACAAUGCCUUUGUCAACUUUGUCAUGGCUAGUGAGUGUGAUUUUUUUGUGGGCGCUCUGGGCUCGACGUGGAGCUUCCUCAUUGAUGCAAUGAGAGCUACUGGUGGCAAACUGCGAGCUGGAUUCCUCAGCGUCAACAAGGAUAGAUACUGGUAACCAUAUAACAACUUGAUAAGUUUCUCAUUGUUUUUUCAAUUAAUUUUUUGCUAAAUUAAUGUUUCACGGAGAUUUCCUGAGAAAAAAGAUAUUUAAGUU